ACUGGAUUGUAAAGGAGGAAAUGACGUCACUAAUAUGUGAAGUUUUCCCAUACUUUGUGUCCUGCUGUUCCUGCUGAACAAAUUCACCAGAGUCCGGACGGAGAUGGAGGUUUCUGCCUCCGGCUCCUCCAGGUUCCGCAUCGACUCUCUGCUCUCCCUCAGUCCGCCCGGCGCGCUCCUCUCCCGGGCACACCCUCCGGAGCUCAGCCCGGGGAGCGGCAGCGGCUGCUCGGCGCCUCCUUCCCCGCGCGGAGAGCGUGCUCCCCGGCUGGAGUCCGCUCUGCUGCCCGGUCACCUGCAGCAGCUCCAGCCCCGCACCGUCAGCUCCUCUUUUCUGAUCCGGGAUAUCUUGGCGGACUGUCGGCGCUACUCUGACCCGGGACAGCCCGAGCUAGAAGCCGAGCCGGAAGAAGACUAUCAGGCUAAAAGUCCCAGCAGCUCCUCUUCAGACACCGAGUCCAGAGCCCCGGACCCCGCGGCGGGCCGUCUGAAGAAACCCCGCAAAGCCCGGACGGCGUUCAGCGACCAGCAGCUGUCGAGGCUGGAGAGAAGCUUCCAGAAGCAGAAGUACCUGAGUGUCCAGGACCGCAUGGAGCUGGCUGCCUCGCUGCAGCUCAGCGACACCCAGGUCAAGACCUGGUACCAGAACAGGAGAACAAAGUGGAAGCGUCAGUCGGCUGUUGGGUUGGAGCUGCUGGCUGAAGCCGGCAGGAUGUUCCUGCCCGCACAUUACCUGUACCCUCCUGCCCCGCCCACACUGGACCUAUACCUGUACCAAAGCCACGCCCCCCAUCACCACCACCCCGUCCAGCCACUGCUGCCCCGCAUCCUGACCCACACAGAACCCCAUCCCCGCUGACACCAGCACCUGGGAGGCCUGGUUCCAACAGCGCGACGUACAGGAACACAGAACAGCAGCUCGUUAAUAUUUGGAGACAAAAAGAUAUUCUCUACUUUUCAGUAGUAGCAGCGUAAAGAUGUUUAUUCGACGCUUUCCCACACAGGAACUUAAUUAAACUUCUCUUUUGUACGUCCACUUUGGAGACGGGUUCUGCUCAGGGGGGGCGAUACUAAAUCCAAGUUCAGGGACUUUCAGAGGCCGGAUGCAGGGAUGUGGAUCGUGAUUGGUUGAGAAGAUGUAAUGUCACAUGACAACACGAAUGACUACUACAAACAGAAGUAACACAUUUUAUAUCUGCUUCGUGUGGAGCAGAACAUCCAGUCCUUUAAAAUGAAGAAGCGGACACGUUUUUGUUGGACAAAAACAUUCAGAGGGAGCUGCGGUCAGAGGUUCCAAACCCAGAGGUGGUUUCUGAGCAAUACAACACUGUCCAAAAAUAACAUUUCCAUCAGUAAUAACACUGGACUCACCAAGUGACUACCUGAGAUCUGUGAAAGCAGCUCGAGCAGUCAGACCACGACACGGCUCUGACAAACUGUGGAGUUUUCAAUACGUCUGUAGCUACAUUUCAGAUUUUGAAAUUUUCAAUAAAUGUACAAGUUAUUAGUAA